AUGAGUCACUCCCUGUUUGUUGUAUUGCUCCUCUUGCUUCUGAGCUGCAUCAGUGUGUGUGCAGAAAAGGUAGGUCAGCAAGAAGGUGCUGGUGGUGUGCGUGGAGGACCCCGAGCUGCCGCUAAAAAACCCUUACUCCGUACAUUUAAUGGUUUUCAUUUUUUGAAGUUUGGGAAUGGGGAGCUGGUGGCAAUUAACGGUGCUGCUUUGUUUCCGCGGAAUGCAGACCAACCUGAAUACAUGGAAUUAUUGACACCAGCGAGCAGCGAGGGUCAAAGUGCGUGGUGGAACACCCGUAGAAAUUGGUUCCGCUUUUACUCGUAUGAAUACAAUCCUCUUCUCAGGCAGUAUGUCCUUGGUAUAGCGUUUCGUGCUGUGUAUGCUCUUGUGGAAAGCAACGAACGUCCAAUUGAAAGAUAUUACGACAUUUACGGUCUUCCUUUUUGGGCUCGUUAUUCCACUAUUCGCAUUGUGUGGAUGAACACUCUUAAUGGUGGAAUCGGAGAGAAUUCGUUCACUUACACUCCUUUCAAUAUUAGAUUUCCUUUUAUGAAGGGAACAGCAACGGUUGUGCGAUUUCUU